GUUGACCUUGACAAACAAUGGUACUGUCCAAGGCAUUAGAAGCCCACGUAGAAAGCUUCAUCUCCCGAUUGAAGCGAAGGCAAAUCGUCGGUUCGUACGAAGUCGCAAAGGAAACUGCCAUCAUUCUUCGACAAGUCGUAUCGACUACCAGAUGGAGUGAUGCCACCGUGUUGAUUCAGAUUAUCAAAGACCUUGGACGUCGACUCUCUGCUGCUCAACCUAAAGAGCUUGCGGUCGGUAACAUUGUACGAAGAGUCUUGAAAAUUAUCAAGGAAGUGGUGCGAGGCGAAUUAGAAACAGAUGAUAUUAUGAAUAGCGGAACAAGCGAGGAGUCUGAUGAUGGGUUUUCAGAUGAUGACGAGGAAGACAACGAGGAGGAUUCGGAUCGCGAGUUCAAAUCAAUAUUAGCUCAGGACACGAAUGACAAUGCUGAUCAUACCAACGAUGCUAUUCCAGCACGACCCAAACUUCAGACCGAAUCAUCCAUGUUCAACCUUUUGGUCGAUCAACACUCGGAUAAUGUCGAUUACUCUGCUAAAAGCUAUGGCAUGAAACCUCUCAUCAUCCAGGAAAUCAACGAAGAAAUUAUUGCUGAUUUGGAAACCGUGUACAAGGGUAUUGCAGAUCAAGCUUUAGAGCAUAUCCAUGCAAAUGAGGUGAUCAUGACCAUUGGAUACUCCCGAACCGUCAAAGACUUUUUAACAAAGGCGGCACUCAAACGUAAUUUUCAAGUCAUUGUCGCAGAAACGUCUCCCACACUACAAGGUCAGGAAAUGGCAGCGGCUUUGGCUGCUGUAGGAAUUGAAACCACUGUCAUUACUGACUCGGCGGUAUAUGCCGUCAUGUCAAGAGUCAACAAGGUUGUCAUCGGAGCGCAUGCAGUUCUUGCCAAUGGCGGGUUGGUUGCGGUCACGGGAUCACAGAUGGUGGCAGCAGCGGCAAAGCAUCAUGCUACGCCAGUGCUUGUUUGCACUGCUUUGUAUAAAUUGUCUCCUUUAUUCCCUUACGACAUUGAUCUAUUCAAUGUAUGCGUUACGCCUGAUCAAGUGCUUUCUUUCAGCGAAGGCACGCUUAUUGACAAAGCUGAUGUUCAAAAUCCCUAUUACGACUUUGUCGCACCUGAAUUCGUCAAUUUGUUUGUGCACAAUCUAGGAUCAGCACCACCAAGUUAUGUGUAUAGAUUGAUCAAUGACAAUUACGAUUCUGAAGACACGAUUUUGUGAGAUAGAUGAAUGGGAAAAUAAAAAUGACAUUAAACAAUUGCUUGCCAAGAGCCAAGUAACAGGGACAGCCAAGCGUGUUCAGUCCUCGUGGGGUCG